AGCGAGCAAGUCGCAUAAUCGUCACCAAAUGAGUUCACCUUCACGCAAUUAAGUUUGUCUCCUGCGUCGCCUCCGCUUGAAAACAGUCUCCUCCACGACAACUAUGAACGGUUCGCUCAUUUCAAACACGGUGGACAUUAAACUCAAGCGUGGGCCUGCAGGCCUGGGCUUCAACAUCGUGGGGGGCGUGGACCAACAGGACGUCGUCAACGACUGCGGCAUCUACGUGUCCAAACUCAAGGAGGACGGCGCGGCGGCGUUUGACGGGCGGCUUCAGGAGGGCGACCAGAUCCUGGCGAUCAAUGGCGUCAAGCUGGGGAAUCAGACACACAAAGCUGCAGUGGAUUUGUUCCGGACAGCGGGGGAAGACGUGGAGCUGUGCGUUCUGAAAAAGUCAUCCCAUCAUACGAACGGACCCGCUGAAUCCCAAGACGAGGAAGCGCCCCUGGCGCCCUAUCUGACGAGACUCGCUGUGCUAACGGGAGCCGCCGCUGCCGCCAUCUUUGCAUUCAUUUACAUACGUAACAUCAGAAGACCGUUUUAGCAAAGCCGUAUUUUUUUCUUUUUUAGGUUCAAACUUCUUUCUUGAGGCCAAAGAAGGGAGGGGGGAAAAAAACACUAUUCAAUCCUCUUCGCAGAGGUAAUCGUCAUUGCACAGCUUUAGGGGACGUAACUUCACGACAUGGCCGCCCUUAAAGGAAAAAAAGGGAAGAAAGAGCUGCCUCAAGCUCUGCUGUCCUUUUUGUUGUGUUUCAACAUAUCCCAACUGGACUUGGCAGUGCCUUGUCAUGACGCGCUUGCUUCUUUCUUCCGCUUUAUCGCGGUCUAAUAUAGACAUUUCUGGCCAUUAAUGCAGAGAAUUAACACUAUUCUGACCUAAAAAGUCAAAUGCAGUCAGUCAUAAGACAUCAAUCAAAAAUUAAGAAUUGAUUUAUCCUAUCUUGAGACGAUGGAGGCUAAAAUGGAGUGCACUACCUGCUGUGACCUGCAGGCGUGCCAUUGGGCCACUUUCAAUUUACAAAUUAAUCCAAAUGUUAAAUCUUGUAAAUUCAUAAAAAGGUUUAAAAAAAGUAUACAUUUUCCUGUUUGACAGAUCAAAUAAAUGCUAUCAAAUGCCCAUACCUAGGUAGGAACUUUUUUUUCCCCCUGAUGAUGCUGGAUUAUUGAUUAGAUUGAACCCCGCUAUUAAGUGAUGCCCCCCCCCACCUAAAAAAUUUGUUUUAAUUGCCAGUAGAUGUCAAAGGAUGGCGGCAAAGCACUUUUACUCUAUUAGCCAAGGCUUAAGCCUGACUAAAUGAACCUCCUCCUCUCACUUCAACAUAGUUCCUUGGCCACAAGUUGGCGCCAAAGCAAAAUGUUUAUAUGAGGUAAGGCUUGGGCCUGUGCACUCAAACAGCACAUAAUGGAGGACAGUUUCCCAAUAAUAUUACGCAAAUGCCGAACUGAGAAUACACAUGGGGUUUACUGUAAUCGAGUCUUGAUGCACUGGAGACUCAAAAUGGAGUGUGCUGGUUGGCUGCGACCUGCAGGGGUGCUGUCGAGUCACUCAGCGAGUUUGCGCAUUAGAGGAAAUAUUUUCUCAUUUUACACAUACAUUUUUCGCAUUUAAUAGAACUAAUACAUUUUCAAAAGCAUUUAUGCUCCUUAAUGUCGAGACGAUUACAAAUAUCUGAAAACUUUUUUUGUGAUUCAAAUAUCAAAUAUCAAAUUCUAAUCCAUAGUAAACAGUAGAGCUCUGAAUGUUUCUCAGGCAAAAAGGCAAUUUUUAAACAGAUGUAUAGUUUGAUAGUCAAAUACAUUAUUAUGAAAUCGCACAAACAGGAUCAACUAUAUUUUUGUUGUUGUUGUCGCUAUUCUUACUAGUAUGUAUACCACAGACUGUACAUUGCAUUAAAUCCAGCCUUGUCUUUUCAAGUCACCAAGUGAGUGAACUGUGAAUUUAAAGUAUUAAUUCGAGAUGCCGCCAUAUUUUGUGUUUUGGUACGUCCUCCGGCAAACACAUUGCAUAUACAUUCCCCAUUAUUGUGCACAGAGGUGUGAAUGGUUCCUUGAAAUAAAAGAGGGAGUUAAAAAGUUUAUUUUUGCACUAGCCACAAUCAUGGAACGUGUGCGUCCGUGUGUCAGCGAGGUUUUAUUCGUCUGUUGUCUUGUAAAUACAUUUCAUUUCACUCUGCUGCUGACUGUGAAUACUGUGCUCUGUAUGCCAGAAGAGGAAAUAAGAAAAAUUAAAGUGGUUUACAUCAAA